AUGGGAGAAAAUCCCAGUUGGGUACUUCAAUCUGGUUGCUACUCCCCAACUCGCCUCCGCAGUCCUGUUGACUACGACUUUCCGGGAGAUAGAUUUAUACCCAAUAGGAGCCUGAUGGAUCUUGAUCAUGCCAAGAGUUUAUUGACAAACAGGACUAAAGAGUUGGAAAAGCCCAAAUACAGUGAGGAGUACAGCAGGAAAUUAAAGGAGAAUCUGACUCUAGAUGUUGAAGGAAGGCCCUACAGAAUGCUAGUCUUCAGGGGAAGCCCCAAAUCCAGCAGAAAAUCCUCGCGCCUUAUUGAUGAAAUGCGGAGAAGUGACGAGGACACAACAAAUACUAGGGAUUCUAAUAAAAAUCGAUCCUUCCCAAAGAAAGAAAGUCUUGUUUUGGAUGCACCAAACUUGAGUGAUGAUUUCUAUAUGAAUGUCUUGGAUUGGGGAAGUGGUAAUUUGAUUGCUGUUGCUUUGGGCUCAGCCUUAUACACCUGGAAUCCUAGUAACAGAGCAAUUCAUAAAUUAUUGGACGUGGACAGUCAAUGUGAUUAUCCUACAAGUCUAGCCUGGUCGGGGGAUGCCAGAAAGAUUGCUGUUGGACAUAUGUGCUCUGACGUACAGCUCUGGGAUGCCGAGACUUCAAAGCUCGUUAGAAGCCUAAGAGGCCAUCAGAAUAAAGUGGUAUCUGUAGAAUGGAAUGGUCACAUCUUAACAUCUGGAGGCAAUGACAAAGCUAUUAUUAACCAUGAUGUAAGAGCUAAGAAGAGUUUGACAUGCUACUUGAGAGUACACACUAGGGGUGUCUGUAGUUUGAAAUGGUCAAGAAGAAGCAACAUUCUAGCAAGUGGGGGAGAUGACAACCUUGUCUACAUCUGGAACGCAUCUAAGAUGAGCUCAUCACACUACAUGUAUCGCUUGAAUGCUCACAGUGCUGCGGUCAAGGCCCUUGCUUGGUGCCCGUAUAAUAGUGAUGUCCUAGCUUCUGGAGGAGGGCUUCUUGAUGGCAGUCUCAAGUUAUGGAAUGUGCAGAAAGGAGUUUGCAUUAACAGCAUAAAUACUCAUGCCCAGGUAUGUGCGUUGCAAUGGAACAGGCAUCAGAAAGAGAUACUGAGUGGGCAUGGGUUUAGCUGGGGAAACACUGACUGUGGAAAUCAGCUCUGCUUGUGGAAGUAUCCUUCUAUGUCCAAAAUAGGAGGGUCAAGCAAAAGCGAUUCCAGAGUUCUCCAUCUUACUCAGAGCCCAGAUGGAUUAAGAGUGGCGUCAGCUGGAGCAAACGAGACCAUUAGCAUCUGGGAAGUUUUUGGCCCACCUCAGGCUAAUGAACCAAGAAGUUCAGGAUUGGAUAGCCUGUUAGCUUUCAGGGCAUCCCCUAUAAGAUAG